AUGUCGCCGCGGAUGCAGGAGUAUUUCCGGCGCAGGCUGGACAUGUGGCGGCAGGACAUCCUCGACGAGACGGACGCGACCCUGGAGAAGCUCAGGCUCGAUACCGGGCACGAGGCGGACCUGGGGGAUCGCGCUGCCGUCGAAUCGGAGCGCUCGGUCCAGCUUCGCACGCGGGACCGCGCCCGCAAGCUCAUCUCGAAGAUCGAAGCGGCGCUGCACCGGAUAGAGGACGGGUCCUACGGCUACUGCGAGGAAACUGCCGAGCCGAUCAGCAUCCGACGUCUCGAGGCCCGCCCCAUCGCGACCCUCAGCGUCGAGGCGCAGGAGCGCCACGAGCGACACGAGCGCACCCAUCGCGACGGCUGA